AUGGCCGAGAGGCAACCCAUGCUCUCGUUUGCUAAAGUGGUAUCUGGCCAAACCGGAGAAUCAGUUACUGAGAAUCAACCAGGCAGGACAGCUUCGCCGCCUCGUUCUACUCAGAAAACGGACCACAAAAGCGACAAGAGACAUGAAAAGGGUGAACGCCAGGAUCGCACAGAUCGAAAUGAGAAGCAUGACAGAAAUUUUGGAAAUAGGCGUCGCCCUCCUAAAUACAGAGAUCGUCAAGAAAAGCGUGGAAUUAAGCCAGAACCUGUUAAGGAAGAAAAAGCUCCUGCUAUGGAGGAACUUGCGGCCCCUCAGGAACCUGUUGUACUAGAGCCAGCUCCUCUACCCGCUGUAAAUGCAUGGUUCAGAAAUAAAGGGUCAUGCGAUUCCGCUCAUGGUUCAGAAUCUGGUUGCAUAACUAGUGCUGAAGAGAAUAAACCAGUGGAAGAGGAGAGUAAGGAUUUGUCUAUUUCUAAUAAUCCAGCUACAGUAGCGGCAACAGAUGUAGCCAAGUCCAAAACAAUUGAUCCGGAGUGGCCUACUUUGGAUGCUGCAAAGCAGGAAGAGAUUUUAGCGAAUGGAACCGAUUCUCGGCAACAUUCGCCUACUGCAGAGUCAGUUAAGGAGGAUCAAGAGAGUGUUGGGAAUGGACAGAAACAUUCAAAAGGUAGAAACAAUUGGAAGAAAAUCGAAAUAGAAGUGGACUAUGGUAACAAGGGAAAGCCAGCAAGCUCACGAGAUAAAAUUGGAUCGAAAAAAGAGGAGAAACCAAAUGGUAUUUUUGUUUUCUAUUUCAGACCCUAA